AUGACGGCAAAGCGCUACUUCCCGGCGACGGAGGAGGAGAACGUCGGCAUCAGCGAGCACGAGGACGGCAACUGCAUCACCUUCAUCUUCCAGGACGGCGUCGGGGGCCUCGAGGUCCUCACCGACGGCCACUGGGUACCGGCGGAGCCCGCCUCCGGCAGCAUCAUCGUCAACAUCGGCGAUGUCAUACAGGUGCUGAGCAACAACAAGCUGAAGAGCGCGACGCACCGGGUGCUGAGUAAACCUGCGCACAGGCACUCGUUCGCCUUCUUCUUCAACCUGCAUGGCGACAAAUGGGUCGAACCGCUGCCGGAGUUCACGGCCAAGAUCGGCGAGGCGCCGCGAUACAGGGGGUUCCUGUACAGGGAGUACCAGCAGCUGCGCGUGAGGAACAAGACCCAUCCGCCGGCUAGGCCCGAGGACGUCGUCAACAUCACCUACUAUGCCAUUUAG